AUGGAUGGUUUGAAAGCUUUGAUUUGGGUUGCGACAGUGGGAUGUUUCGCUGUGGACAGACAAGAUGGUGAGCCUACACGACCUACAAACUCGUGGGAUGAAGAGAACGCUUGGUUUAGCGGUAGUAAACAUUCUGCUCAGCUACGAAAGAAUGACGUGUUGAUACGGUUAUCAAUUGGUGAUUUAGUAGGCGAAAAAGUGACGGUAAACAGUGUGCCGUGGACUUCCGAUCGCGAUCCGAUGGAACAAAUUCGCAAAGAUUGGAGUUAUUUCGAGCCAGACCCGAUUCCUUCAUUAAAUAACAUCACUGUAGUCACAUUCUUGGGUAUCCCAUAUGCUGAACCGCCGGUUUCACAAAGAAGAUUCAAGCCGCCGCAGAUUCUUACCGAACUUCCUGGGAAACAACCAUUUCUAGCUAUUCAACAUCCACCAUCAUGCGCACAAGAUGUUGAAGCUCGACCAACAUUAUUUAUUAACGAUCCUUAUCCGUUCCAUAUUAGCGAGGAUUGUCUUUACCUGAAUAUAUUCACACCUGAUACAUCGCGUGAUGGCCGCCCUGUUAUUGUUUUCUUUCAUGGAGGUAACUUUCAAACUGGUUCGUCAAAUGAAUGGCCGGGUCAUGUAUUGUCCUCACGCGGUAUCGUUGUUGUUACUGUAAAUUACCGUCUUGGUGCCUUUGGUUUUUUAAGUUUUGGCGACGCAAAUACUGGUAAUUAUGGUUUGCAGGAUCAGAGAACUGCAUUGCAAUUUGUACAAGAUCAUAUAGCUUCUUUUGGCGGGGACCCAAGACAGGUGACAAUUGUUGGACACGAUGCUGGAGCGGUCAGUGUUGGUCUACAUAUGCUGUCACCUUUUUCGAAAAAUUUAUUCCGAGCAGGUGUUGCAAUGUCGGGUGCCGAAGUUUCAUAUCAUUCAACCAUUGGCAAAUCUGUUCUUGCAUUCAAUAACACUGUGAAACUGGGACGAUAUCUAGGUUGUACGCAAUCAGAAGCAAAACACAUAUGGGAUUGCAUAUUAACACGAUCAACGAAUGACAUUAUACAAGCUAUUCAGACAAUACCCGUGGAAUACAAUCGUUACCUCUUCUUGCCUCAUAUAGAUGGUCGAUUCAUCCCAGCUCAUCCAGUGUUUCUUUUCAAUUCUAUCUCGACUGGCAUCAGUAACUAUCCAUCUGCUGUACCUUAUCUUACAGGUUUCAAUAAAGAGGAUGGCUCUGAGGUUAUCCUUGAAAAUCGGCUCUUGGGAGAAUUUAGUGAUUUUGUUUUGGUCGAUCAUGAAUAUCUCAAAAAUUACGUACUUGAAUAUGCUUUUCGCCACAAUUACACGACAAAUCGCGAGGCAAUAAUGGAAGCAAUUGUUGAUCGUUAUACUUAUUGGCCAGAUGCGUCCGAUGAACACGCAAUAAGGAGUGAAUUCAUACAUAUGGCGACAGAUGCUUACUAUGUUGCUCCAGUAAGUCUUUCUGCACAUUUGCAUUCUGCGGCUGGUUCGCGAGUCUUUAUGUAUGUCAAUAAUUAUGAAUUUGGUCGAGGAUCCAGCAGUCGGUUUCUUCCAAAUUGGAUGAGUGUGUGUCAUGAUUGUGACUUAUACUUAUUGUUUGGUUUCCCAUUUAUGUCGAAGAAUCUAUUGCCGAAACAUUUUAAAAAUAUAUCAUGGACAGAUGGCGAUCGAAAUGCUAGUCAGCUUUUAACAUCUAUAUUUCGGCAGUUUGCGAUGUACAUGAAUCCAAACAUUCCAACGGAUUCUAGUUGGUUAGCCUUUGAACCACGGAGGCAUUGGUAUCUCAAUUUCAAUUACUCGUUAUAUUCUGAUCUUACCAAGCCUGGCACAUUAGAGCGCGAUUAUCGCUGGGAGUCCGUGUCGUUUUGGAAUAUAUACAUUCCCUCGUUGGUGCAAUAUAUGACGACAACAUUUCCAUCUCUAGAAGCUAAAAUUCGAAAAGAAUUGGUGACUUAUCAGAUGGCACUUGGUAUAGUUGUCUGUAUACUAUUUGUAAUUUUAGUGUUGAUGUGUCUUUUUGCAUAUCUUCUAUUUGAAAGAAAUCCAAAACGAAUUGCGAAGGAACUGAACCACAGAAGAUUGAUACGUGAUGCAGAUCACUUUUCUCGGCAGUGCAGUCAAGAAUCGUGUUUGUAA